GCCAGAGCUUCGAGCGCUGGCCUGUAUUUUUGUCUCGAGCAAUUGUCUCUCCGUCGUCUUCUGGCUGGCCUCCAGUGUCCAUUGCGCACCUCCACAGCAUCCAUAUCCAUCCUCCCCCACCAAUUGGCCCCCCUAUCCCCCACCACCACCAGCUGCGACCAUGUUCCGAAGCGCGACCAAGCUUCGCGCUGCCGAGGCCGGCGCCCUGCAAUCACUGGCACAUGCGAAGGUCAGCAACCCCUCCUUCCGCUGUGCCCGCAUUACACGGCCGCUCUCUACCACCAGAGCCUCGCUCUCCAAGCAUCAGACUGCCUUCCAGCGCCGCCAAUUCAGUGCCACCACUGCCGUCAUGGCCAACACCCGAACAGAGAGCGAUGCCUUUGGCGAGAUCCAGGUGCCCGCAGACAAGUACUGGGGCGCCCAGACGGAGCGCUCCCUCGAGAACUUCCGCAUCAACCAGCCCCAGGACCGCAUGCCUCCGCCCAUUGUGCGGGCUUUUGGUAUCCUCAAGGGCGCUGCCGCCACGGUCAACAUGAAGUUUGGGCUGGAUCCCAAGCUUGGAAAGGCCAUCCAGCAGGCAGCCGAAGAGGUGGCCUCGCUCAAGCUCAUCGACCACUUCCCCCUCGUUGUCUGGCAGACCGGCUCGGGCACCCAGUCCAACAUGAACGCCAACGAAGUCAUCUCCAACCGCGCCAUUGAGAUCCUCGGCGGCACAAUGGGCACCAAGAAGCCUGUCCACCCCAACGAUCACGUCAACAUGUCUGCUUCAUCCAAUGACACCUUCCCCACCGUUAUGCACAUUGCCGCUGUUCUCGACUUCGAGGAGUCGCUCCUUCCCGCCCUCACCAGCCUGCGAGACGCACUCAAGAAGAAAUCCGACCAGUGGGAAACCCUCAUCAAGAUUGGAAGGACACAUUUGCAAGAUGCCACCCCUCUGACUCUGGGUCAGGAGUUCUCUGGCUACGUACAACAGCUCGACUUUGGUAUUGAGCGCAUAAAGUCCUCUCUACCCCGCCUCAAGAUGCUCGCCCAGGGAGGAACUGCUGUUGGCACCGGUAUCAACACAUUCAAGGGAUUCGCCGAGGAUAUUGCCGCAGAGGUCAGCAAGAUGACUGGCAAGGACUUUGUCACUGCACCCAACAAGUUCGAGGCUCUCGCUGCCCACGAUGCCAUUGUCGAGGCCCACGGCCAGCUAAACACCCUGGCCACUUCACUUUUCAAGAUCGCCCAGGACAUCCGUUUCCUCGGCUCAGGUCCUCGUUGCGGUCUGGGUGAGCUCAAGCUGCCCGAGAACGAGCCCGGGUCCUCCAUCAUGCCCGGAAAGGUCAACCCUACACAGUGCGAGUCCCUAACCAUGGUUUGCGCCCAGGUCUUUGGUAACCAGGUUGCCACCACCUUUGCCGGAUCCCAGGGUAACUUCGAGCUCAACGUCUUCAAGCCCGUCAUGAUCCGCAACCUGCUGCACAGCUCGCGCCUCCUCGCCGACGGCAUGAGGAGUUUCGAGAAGAACCUUGUUGCUGGUCUUGAGGCUGAUGAGCAGCGCAUCAGCUCCAUCAUGAACGAGAGUCUGAUGCUGGUUACCUGCCUCAACCCCGUCAUCGGCUACGACGCCGCCAGCAAGACUGCCAAGUACGCCCACAAGAACGGCCUCACCCUCAAGGAGGCCGCCCUCAAGCUCGAGGUCAUUAGUGAAGCCGACUUUGACAAGUAUGUCCGACCAGAGCUCAUGAUCAACCCUUCCGACUACAAGCCCAAGAACUAGACUUGUCAUGAAGAUGAGGAAAAAUAUGUAAAAAUAGAGAAAACUCGAGAUAUGUAUCAUGAAUCAAUAAUAUAGUAACAUCUAUGUUUACUCUCGUGUGUGCGCUUGCUGGGUGGGUUUUACGUGAAGAUAUUUGUGCGGUAAUGUGAAUUUCAUGUUACGUGUCUGGCAGUGUGAUUGACAAGAGUUCAAUUGUAAUUAGGGAAGGAGAUGCAAGUCUAGAACUGGGGCUUGUACAAUUGAGGAUCUGAUGAUUGAUGAUUUGAUAAGAAUAUAGGCAGGCUG